UUCAAAAAAUAAUUCAUAGAUCAGGGCCGAGAAAAGGGAACGAAGAAAAUGUCCCGUUCUCGGCCUUGCAAGAAGUUUUCUUCUCAACAAAUUCCACUGCUAUGUGCAGCAUUGCUCCUCAUUGGAACCUCAACUCUGUUCUUCGUGUUCGUCUGCCCCCAUUUGGCAAAUGAAUAUUCCAUUGCUAUCCCUGUCUACGAUGGAAUCCUUACUUUGAUAGUUUUGGCCAGUUUCGCCAAUGCUUCACUAAGAGACCCUGGCGUAAUUCCCAGAGAAGAAACAUCAACUUCUGAGCAAGAGGAUGACUUCAGAGCUCCUCUAUACAAGAAUGUUGAUAUCAAUGGCAUUACAGUUCGCAUGAAAUGGUGUGAUACCUGCAAGUUUUACAGACCACCACGAUGUUCACAUUGUAGCAUUUGUAACAAUUGUAUUGAGAAUUUUGAUCAUCAUUGUCCUUGGGUAGAUAACUGCAUUGGCAGGAGAAAUUAUAGAUAUUUCUUUUUCUUUGUGUUUUCUCUGUCUGUUCACAUUAUAUCUGUAUUUGCCUUGUCUUUGAUAUUUAUUCUUGAGAAAAAGGAUGAAUUGAGGGAAGCAGCAGUGGCAAUAGCUAUUAUGGUGGUGUGUGGACUGACGUCUAUUCCAGUGAUUGGAUUAACUGUGUUCCACAUUGGACUGGUGGCCAUGGGACGCACAACUAAUGAACAGGUGACGGGAAAGUUCCGCAGUGGUCAUAAUCCUUUUGAUAAAGGCUGUAAGAACAACUGCUUGGUGACACUUUGUUCUUCUCAAUAUUCAAAAUAUAUUGGUUAUAUGGAAAAUGUAGCCAAGGAAUCCACUAAGAACAAAAAGAGAAUAGAGAAGAAAAAGGAGAAAGAAAAGGAUGCAAACAAAUCUGUUGAUGUUGAGUUAACUGAAGUUAAAGUUGAGGUGACAAGUAAUCACUCCAAUCAAAAGUCACAGGAUGAUAGCAGAGAUGGUAGAGAUAGAAAUAGUCAUCAGAUGAGGUCUCAAGAUGGCAGAUCUUCUGUCCCAGUAACUACUGCUCCUCCACGAGUUUCAGCAACUUAUGUGAAGUCAAGUGUAAAUGGAAGAACAAUAAGUGGCAGCCGUGAAGUCACAGUUUAAUGUCAUGUUUGUAUGCUAUACAAGAUAAUAACCUCUAUUGCUACUGCAGUCCAAGGUGCUGAGUACAAACCUUGAAUUUCAUGGAAGCAGUUGAUGGAUGAAUUUGCUGCUUUUCACCAGGAUUAGCCAGUGCUCACCUGUAAAUUUAACAAGGCAUGUCUUUGGAAGCAAGUGGUACAAUCAAUGGGAAGAGAGGCAGAAAUGUUGGAUACACAAGAUUUGCUGUGCAUAAAUUUACCCCUAAUUAAGAUUGUAAUCGUAAGGACUGACUUUUUUUAAGGAAGUGAAUUUGUCAGAUCUAAGCAGGUUGCAAAUGUGAGGGUAACUAUGCUUCAUAUCUGCCUGCAGUGCUGAAUUAAUAGUUAACUCAUAUCUUUUCAUGUCAAAGUACAUGCAAAAUAUACUGCGUAUUCAAUCUACCUUAAAAGGACUGUAAUGAAAGAAUCAGUGAUUGCUGCACAUGGUUUCAAACACAAACAGUUGGGGUAAAAAUUGUUGCUGUUAAAACAGUUGAUGGCAGUAGUAUACUGUAAAUAAUCUGAAAAAAGUGUUGUAUAUUAUCUGAUGCCUAUAGUACUAAUUAAAAGAAGUCGUUUGAUUUUUAAUUUUUGUGUUGCUAUCCUGCUCAUGUGAAAUUCACGACUGUGCUAUUACAAUGAUUGUUAUAAUAAUAAGUUAAAUAUUUUUUAGUGCUUUUGUUAGUUAUCAUGAUAAUAAUGAUGAAUUGGUGCUUUGUAUAGUAAGUAAUUACAGAGUUAGGUUUUUUAGAAAUAUUUCCAUUUUGGCAGCUAUCAUUCAAACAAAGGAUAUAAUAUGUUCUUCGAUUUGUAAACUGCAUUAAUUUGAAGAAGUUUUCAUGGUGAGAGUUAUAAAUGGUAGUGAGUGCUGUUGUAAGAAAACAGUAUAUUUUUGUGCAAUGUAAUAAAUUGCAUGGGGAGGAAAAUUAUGUUAGCCAUUGGAAAGCGGAAAAAUAUAGAGACAAGAGGUAAAAUGUUGAAUAUUACUUUAAGGGAUCUUUAGACUGGUUAGCAUCUUUUGUACCAUAAAGUGGGAAGAGGCGUUAAUUAACAAUAAUUUAACGUAGUGUAGAAAUGCAUUAAAUUUCUGUUAGAUCAUUAGUUACUCACACAGAUCUAUCAAUACCAUAUGGUUCCUUUACUGUACAAGUAGCUUACUGUAUUUAUCUCAACUUGCAUUUUAUUUUCAUUUUACUUCAGGAAUAAAUUACUCAUAUUUUGACAAA